ACAGCACACAGCAGCCUCUGCCUUCCCUGCGCCCCCCUGGAGGCCUGUGGUCAAGCUGCUAAGGGACCUGGGACUAGACUCAACUCUAGAGGGACACUGGGCUCUAUGUACCACAGCCCUCCUAUAGAUCCAGCAGACUAGAAGCCAACAGGCUGCAGCCUUCAGGGCUGCUGAGGCCACUGCCCCCGUGGAGCUGUAAUGGAAACUUCUCAGAGGCUCUGUGUGCAAAGGCUCGGGUUCCUGCCCCAUGUGGGGCUCUAAGAGGCAGCUGAUCGCUCUCGCGCAAGACAAGGCAGGUGGGCAAGCACUCGCAGGACACAGGAGCCAGGACUAUGUUCCAGUAAAUGAGGUCUGCAGCUCGAGUCUCUCGCUCUAAUUCCCACCCGCGGACACGCCAUCCAACCAGAGAGAAUGAAGGGACCACGUGGGACUCACAGCCUUCCAGGACUGAGAGGGAUGGUGACAGGAAGUGUCCUCCCUCUAUCCUGAGACCCAGACGGCAAGAAUGUGGAUGCCACGGGGGUGAGCCACAGAAAACUUCAAGGCAUGUGCGGUUCCGAGAGCCCCUGGAGGUGGCUGUCCACUACAUUGCCCGCAAGGACACGGCAGCUGCCAUCAAGGUCCCCAGCCGACCAGCUUCUCGUGGUGGCUCUCCACUCCAGCCAGCAUCCUGCAGCAGCUCCCUAUUCCUGUGGCUGACACUGUGUGCUCUGCUUGGAGUGGUACUGGUCCUGUACUGUAGCCAGGCCAAACGUGUCACAGCAGCCCUGGAGGACCUCUUGGCUCAGCUCCUCGCCCUAAUCUUGCGCCUGUGGCAUGUGGUCCUUGCUUGUUGGCACUGCCUCCUGCAGCUCUGACUUGAGGCUGAAUGGCGAUGUCACCUCUGGAGAGCACUGGAGGUUGAGGCUGUUGGGAACCUGGAGUGGUUUGGGGGAUUGUGCAUGCUGGGGGAGCCCAGGCACUAAGGCUAACCCCAGGACAGAGUUCUGCUAGCCAAUGCUUGACAAACCCAGGAACUCUAAGAGGUUGCUAUAGACCUUUAAGUGGGAAAGGAGGAAGGUUCUGGCUCGAUGCUACAGGCACCUUCUACUCCAGUCAGCACGGGCUGGGAUCUUGGGAUUUUAAGACUGAAUCAGAGAAAGAACUCGACCAUUUCGACCAUUAUAGCUGGGAAUUCCUAUGUUCCUGCCCAGUCCUCUGCCUUGGGAGCCAUAGCCGGGAUGUCACCGUACAUAGCUCUUUGAGGGUGCGUUUGGGAAGGCAAGCCCCAAUCUCCUGCUGCUUUGAGGGCUGGGCCUAGCUUUUGCCACACCAUCACGAGACAGGGUGCCUCUCUCGCUCCAUGGAGCCCAUGAGAAUUGUCCUUUUCUCUGAGCCCAGGUCUGAAUUCCUCCACUUCAUGCCAAGAUCCGUCAGGGGUCACAGUGGUGUGGGAACAGAGUCCAGCUCUGAACACAGUUGCUCUCAGAACAGGAGUGCGGCACUGAGGUUCUUCUUCCGGGGCCACACACAGGCCCAAAGCCAUCGGGCCUGCCCACCAGCUGCAGGACCUGUGAGUGUCCUGAACCUCUGUGUACACUGUUUUGUCACUCAUGUUGAAAGGCAAGAGGAAGCGAGCACCAGCGUGUAGCAACGGCUUCAGAGCAUCCCAGACCCGCCUGGAGGGGGAGCCCUGAGCUCAGCGGGGAGGCCCAGUCAGACACCAGGAGGAUCCGCAAGGGGGACCCUGUACCACCCUGGAACAAACAAAUGAGCAGGGUUUGGGAGCCAGGAUGAGACUGGGGGUAGUCCUCUAUUCAUGUGGGCAGACAGGGACCCCAUAUUAAAAUACCUGCAGCCUCUUCAACCUCGGGAUUAUUGCAAAAUGAACAGAGGGAGACACUUGUCGAGGAAUCCCUCCAGGUCCAAGCAUGUUCAUCUAGGUGCCAGAGCACACUCCCACCCCUCCACUCACUCACCCCCACAGCCUACAGGUGCCUUGCGGCUGUCAUUCACAAGAAGUCAGGGGACCCACCAUGCACCCAGGACCACAUCCUCCCCAGCAAGACAUGCCAAGCUUCUCAGAUCACUGAGGUGCAAUCUGCCCCUCUCUGGCCUUCCAGUGUCCUGCACAGUGGUCUCCAGAUGCAGAAUUUGAGAGCACAGUAGGUGUGAGCCCAGUGGAGCAAAACCCUUCUCUAGAAGGCGUCUAGAAGUGGUCUAAAAAGGACCAGUCUGGAAAGCCACUCACCAGGACUGGCCAUCACCAUGGUUACUGUUGCCUGCACCAGUCCAGCUCCAUCUCAUCCUGCCCUGGUCAAAGACAGGCUCAUUAUUGAUUGGCUUGUAUUCCAGAUAUGGAAACAGACACUUAGAGGCGAGAUGACAGACCUCCAGACCACUCUUUCAUCCCUGCUUCUGAGGGUGGAUGCCCUUCAGGAGGGGGCGUGUUCACCCCAUGUUUUACAAUGGAGAGCCAGGGCUUCCCACCUUAUAGCCAGCAUUUGCUGCAAAGGCCACAGAAAAAGUGUGCCCCGCCCACUCGCUCUGUAAGGACCACAAAACAGCCCCAGCUCGGGUUUUUUGGGGGGUUUCGCUUUGCUUUGUUUCAUUUUUAAGGUGCGAACCCAACAUAGCAAGGCCAAGAGUCUGCCACUGCUACGUUCCCCAGCCUUAUUUUGUCUUAGAA